GUCGAACAUAUGGUACAAUUACACGUGCGAAUAGCUUGAAGAAGCUUAGGCAUAAGAGAAGCGUCUUUAGAAGAGCUCACACAAAAAUUGUACGUCGAAACACUUAGUAGUCGAGCUACACAACAAACAUUUACACCAUCACCACCACAAACCAGCCCAGCAGUGAACCAGUUCGUGAGCUAGAGCGAAACGCACGAGUUUUCUGGCGUGCUUGAACGUGCAUGCGCCACUUUGUUGUUCAACAAAGAAGAAAAAGCAACGCAAAACGUGAACUGUGCACAGUUUUAAAACAAUAUAAAAACUGAUAAAGUGUCUUACACUUUGACCAUGGAGUCAACAAUUAGUUCCGGCGGCUCAAAUGCAUCCAGCGAAUGCGCCGUCGACGCUGGCGGCGGCGUUGGCUGUAGAAGUCGCUGCCGCAAUUUGGAUGCAACGCUCUGCGUGGGCAACAAUAACAAUGGCUUGCUAUCGAAUAACGGUAAUUCGGCCCUCAGUCAGGAGGUUAAGGAUUUAUAUCGCGCUUUAUAUACUGUGUCCAAGCAACUGGACGAUGCCAAGCGUAAUAUUCAAAAUAUUGGACAACUGUUCCAUCACGAUAUCGAAGAAAAACGCGCAAAUCUUGUGCAGCUGUGCAAACAAAUAAUAUUUAAGGACUAUCAAUCGGUGGGAAAAAAGGUGCGCGAGGUGAUGUGGCGUCGCGGCUAUUAUGAGUUUAUAGCUUUUGUGAAGAAGCAUAUGCAUAAGCAAGGCGCCGAUAAGGAGUGUAUGCAGAAACUGGAGCGCUUCCUUUGCGCCGGCAUUUUCAAUUACAAGCGGCUGUCGGCCAAAAUGGAGGAGAUCUAUGACUUGGACUUGAAAUACUUGAUUGACUUCUCCAUUAUAAGCGAAGGCUAUAUCAGCGAUUGUAUCAGCGAUACGGCAGUCAGCAAAGAGCUGGAACCCUCGCAGGCUGCGGUCGAUAAGAGUUUGGAGGCAGUCUCCUUUGCCUUGGAUACCAUACACUCGUCCCUCUUGAGCCUGGGCGAUUUGCAUCGCUAUUUUCUGGACUUUCGCAUCGAUAGCCAGCUCAGUUUGAGCAUCAGCAAGGAGCAGGUGGCCAAGUAUUAUCUGGAGGCAUUUAAGCUGAACCCAGCCAUUGGCAUGGCUCAAAAUCAACUGGGCACUCUGUAUUAUGGACAGAAUUAUGAUCUGGACUCGACCUAUCACUAUUUGUACUCGUUGGUGUGCAUCAUACCCUUCGAGCUGAGCGAGAACAACCUGAAUAAGCUUUUCGCCAAGCACACGGAGUAUCUGGAGAAAAUGAAUCCGGCUAAAUUGGAAUUUAAUAUCGAGGAUUUCUAUGCUCGCUUCUAUCUGAUUGUCGACAUAUUCUUCUUCGACAAGGAGGUGCCGGACUUCAAUUCCCUUUGCCAUUGCGUGCUGAUCGACCUGCGCAAGAUUCUCUGCGCCCAGCUGCUGCCGGUGCCCGAGCAGAGCAUCUUUAAGAUCAUCUCCAUACUGUUCUUCUGCCUGUCCAAGCUGAAGAUGAUCAAUUCACCUAAGGUCUAUUCGCUCCACGCCUUCCUCGUGGCCGCCUGCUCCGAUCUAAUAGACGCCUGCAUUGUGAACAUUGAGCAAACGAUUCUGGCACGCGCCGCAGAUAAUGAGAGUUUUCAGGCGGAAUACGAGAAACGAUUCCAGGACUUUGAUACGACAGUGCGUAAAUCGCGUAAUGAAUACAAGAACUGGCUGGCCGCCGUGGGUGAGUGUGAGCGCAAGGAUAAGAAGCUGCUGGCACGACCACACUCCGCCAAGGACUUCAGCUCCGAUUCACGGGAUAGCCAACAUUCGGCAGAUGAGGGCUGCGCCAAGACACAAGAGGCACCCGACACUGACAAACUGGGCGGCACUGAACCCAUCUCCACACGGUCCAGCGACGAGGCCAAGGAGAGUGAUCUAAAGACCCCGCUCUCCUGCAAGAGCAAGCGUCGUGGCAUGCGACUGCGUCGACGUCGUCGUAAAAUUGCCCAGUCGGACGAUAGUUCGUGCUACGACAGCGAGAGCGACAUGGACACCGAUUUCUACAGCGACGAGGAGGACUACACAGAUCUGAGCUCUAAUUUCGAUACCGAUUUCAGUGACAUUGAUGCCGCCGAGCAUGAUGAAGCGCCAGCGGCGGACUAUGUUAAAAAGGAGCGUACUCCUCGUCAAUCUGGCGGUGCGAAUGUCUACUCGGACAACGAGGAUGUUGUCAUCGAGGAGGAGCGUCUUAUCUAUCCCGAUGAAAUGGAACGUCGUCCCGUUUCCCAAGAAGUGGACUCCGAGGAGUUGCUGCGCAGCUUCGAAGUGCUGCAAUUGAAUUUCAAGUGUGCUGAGGACAAUCAAACAGCUGCGGCCGAUGAGCCGGCAGUUAAUGUCGGAGGCGAAACGUGUGCACCUCCUCUGACCAUUACCGAGCCGCCGAAGAAACUGGUCUAUCGCAACAAGUAUACGAAGAUCAAUCCAAAUAUCAUAAUCGAUUGUCUGCACAAUGAACCAACAAUUCGUGCUUUGAAGAUGCUCUUCGACUGGCUGCGCAUUAAUCCAGAGAUUCUGAUUGGCUGCUAUCACUCGAAUCCGGAAUUUGUGCACAAGAUAAUGAAACUGCUGAACUACUGCAACAUUGAUAUAUUCACUCGGAAAGUCUACUUCGAGCGGGACCUCUUGACUACGAGCAAUGUGCGCGAGGCGCUCGUCGAUCUGUUCGAUGUGCGGGCAAAUGUGCCGCUGAGCGAGGACUUUGCCUUCAAGAACUUUGACAUAUUCCAGAGCACACAGAUAACACUUGACUGGGAGACGAUCAUUCGGGAGCGUGUCACGCCCCAAGAGGAGUCGAUAUUGCGCAUCUUCAAGAUGGUUGAUUUUGGUUUCUUCAUUUGCAAGCAGAAGAAGUUCAAUUAUCGCUUCUGCGUGAAGACGCGUCGCUUCACCGAGAACCAGAAGAAGAAGCGCGAGGAGAAAAAGGGCGGUGGCUCGCGUCGCCGUGAACGACGCACGGCACCGAAGACAACACGCAAGCGGAACGAGGGACGCACUCGUCGCUAUUCGGAUCGCAAGAAUGGCAUCGUGCGCAAGAGCUACACGAGCAACGAGGAGAAGGAUACGGUGGAGGAAUGCCGCAAGCUGCCGCGCAAGGGCUAUCUGCGCAAUCGCAAUGCAGAGAAGGCCGCCGCCUUGUUGGCCAGCGCCACGGGCACCUCUGUGGCCGGUGGCACCUCCGCCUCAGCGUCGACCACGACAAACAGCGUCAUUGAGAAGCUGAAUUUGCAGUCGAGCAGCGGCGCCGACGAGGAACGCUCCGAGGCGAUGACCAAAAAGUGUGAAAUUAUGGGCAAACUCUGGCUGCAGAACGAGGUGGAAACCCUGGAGGAGGAGCUGCGCGAUAGCACCAGCCAUGUGGUCAUGUCACCGUUUGUUGUGGUCGAUGCCAAAGCUCUGACCGAGUACAAUGGCAUUGUCAAGUCCUUGGUAAGGACCAAGAAGUGUAUUGUGCUGAUACCCAAUGCGGUUUUAAACGAACUGGAUGAACUGAAGAAGCGCAGCGAGAAUGUGCGUCAUGUCAUACGCUGGCUGGAGCAGGAGUUCAAGCACGGCAAUCGCCAUCUGCGCGCACAGCGCGACAAUGAAAGCCAGCCGCUUUCACUGCUCAAGAUAUCACGCAAGAUGGAUCGCGAUGCAUCGGUUUUCCUACAGAUCGCCCAGUUUUGCAAUCACCUGGUGACCAAUCAUGCCGAUCCGCAUGUGAGUGAGCUGCAGAAGAACGUGGUCACCUAUCUAUCCGGGGACAAUUUGCACGAGAAGAAUCGCCAACAGCAGAACUUUAGCUAUACGGGCAUUCUUGAUUCGAUUCCCGUGCGUUAUGCACAAAUCCAAAGCUUCUAUGCCAAGUUCAAGGCUAACAAAAAAUGAGUGAGCCGGAGCGGACGCUAGGUGGCAAAUGCAUGGCAAAAAACAGCAGAUGCAAAUUAAUUAAAAUGCAAGGAUGUGCAUAGCGUGUGUUCACUGUACAACCACAACAAAACGACAUGGAGUUCCAAGUUUACGAAAUGUUUCUCUCUCAGACGCGGCCCAAGUGGGGGCAACAAAAAAACGGCAAACAAACCAGACCAGCAGAAAAAAAUAAUAUGAUAACAAAACGAAAAGUCAAUCAAACAAAAAAAUCAUAAAAAAAAUAUCCAGCAGCAGCGGCAACGGCAGCGGCUGGUGGUUAGCUUCUUCGUUGAUUGUUGUUUGUUGUUUGCAGUUGUUGUUCAUCAUGUUGUUUCUUUAAAAGUAAUUCAAACCAGCAGAAGUAGCAGCAGCAGCAGCAGCAUCAGCAGCAGCAGCAUCUAGAGCUGCAGCAGCAACAACAACAGCUGCAACAACCAUUGCACAAUGGGAUCCCGUAGCUCAGCAGCGGCAGCAUUUUCGUGGAGUUUGCUUGUUGUAUUAGACAGAAAACCAGAAAAAAUGUUGAAUGAAAAAAAAAAAAAAAAAUCUAAAAAAAUGAGAUCAAGAAAUCAUAAAUCGUUCACUUUCAACUCAAACGGCGACGACCCUCAGCUAACCCAAACGGCCAACAAUCUUACAAAAAUGGAAAAAAAAAAAAAAAAUUAAAUUAAAAAAAAAAAAAAAUUAUAUUGAAAUUGUUCAUGAUUCAAGUUUAACCCAUUCAAGAUGAUUAAGCAACAGAAAAAAAAUUUAAGGACCCCUCCCGAGUUUAGGCCCAAGAAAAUGGGGACUUAGGAUCUUUGCACGGAGCUUCGUUUCAAAUGCAAAGCAUCGUAUGUAACUCCCUUGAUUUAACGUAUGAUAGAUCGCGUUUCUAAUUGUGAAUUCCCCCUAGUAACGCCCUCCUCCUCCUACUGAAACCCCUCGCCAAACGCAAAAAGCAACUGUAUAUACAUAACAAUGUAUAUAUAAAUAUAUUUAUGCGUGGCAAUGCGUAUUUAGUAUUUUGAAGCUAUGGUCAAUCUAGGGUGGCCUUCACUCAUGCGCACCGGAACCUUUGUUAGUUUGUUUGAAUUCCUCUUCAAGAUCACCGUUCCCUCCUCUCUCACAAUGGAGUAUUCGGUUGACCCCCAAGCCCAUCCCAAGUACUAUUUAUAUAGCAAGCAUAUAUAACGAAUAAUCUUUAAAAUUUAUAACAAACAUAAAUUCAAUUGUCGGACAAACGUGUGCAAACUACAUAGUAAAUAAAAUAUGAGCAAGUAUUAAAAUCUAUUUACUUACACGUAUUUCAAAUCAAUUUCGAAUAUACUUUAAAAUAUGUCACGAAAUAAUGAAAACUAUGUAUAUCUCUGUUUUAAAUGAAAUAAAGAUUCCGACAAGUAAACAACA